GAGAGAGAGAAACGCACGGGAACCAGAAGACAGUAACAAGGUUUGAGAAAGAGAGCGAAAAGAGAGAGAGAGAGAGAGAGAGAGAGCAAGAGAGCGAAACCCUAGAUCCGAUCCACCAGAUGAAUUGCUAGGGUUUAGGGUUUUGGCAAGAAGGAAUUCAAGCCAAAAGAGGGGAUGAUGGUGUCGAGAGGGCUCUUUGGGUGGUCGCCGCCGCAUAUGCAGCCGCUGACGCCGGUGUCGGAGGUGUCGGAGCCGCCGGAGUCACCGUCGCCGUACAUGGACAUUGGGGGAGAAGCGGUGCCUGUGGAGGAGGAUGCGCCAGUUGAUGAGCUCGAGGAGAUCGAGCCACCACCAGCUGCGGUCCCUUUCUCGAGGUUGUUUGCGUGCGCUGAUGGGCUUGAUUGGGUGCUUAUGGCCAUCGGUUCUCUUGCUGCUGCGGCUCAUGGGGCGGCGUUGGUUGUGUACUUGCAUUACUUUGGAAGGAUCAUCAACCUUCUCGCCCGUCGCGACCACGACUUUGCUUUCAUGACGGAUGACAUAAUUCAUGAAUUCAAGAAGCAUGCCCUGUACAUCAUUUACAUAGCUUCUGGUGUUUUUGCUGCUGGAUGGAUAGAGGUAUCAUGCUGGAUCAUUACUGGAGAGAGGCAAACUGCAGUCAUCAGGUCAAAGUAUGUCCAAGUACUGCUGAAUCAGGAUAUGAGCUUUUUUGAUACUUAUGGGAACAAUGGAGACAUUGUUAGUCAAGUAUUGAGUGAUGUGUUGCUCAUUCAAUCUGCUCUCAGUGAGAAAGUUGGAAAUUAUAUACAUAAUAUGGCUACCUUUUUUGGUGGUCUGGCUGUUGGGCUUAUAAACUGUUGGGAGAUUGCACUUUUAACACUAGCAACUGGCCCAUUUAUUGUUGCUGCAGGAGGAAUAUCUAAUAUAUUUCUUCACAGGCUUGCAGAAAACAUUCAAGAUGCAUAUGCUGAAGCAGCAAGCAUAGCUGAACAGGCUAUCUCUUUCAUUAGAACUUUGUAUGCCUUUACAAACGAGACAUUAGCAAAGUAUUCUUAUGCUACAUCACUUCAAGCAACACUACGUUAUGGAAUAAUGAUUAGUCUUGUGCAAGGCCUUGGGCUUGGAUUUACCUAUGGACUGGCAAUUUGUUCCUGUGCUUUACAACUGUGGGUAGGAAGAUAUCUGGUUACACACAAUAAAGCUAAUGGUGGUAAAAUCAUUACAGCUCUCUUUGCUGUAAUUCUGAGUGGCCUUGGACUAAACCAAGCAGCAACAAAUUUCUACUCCUUUGAACAAGGAAGAAUAGCUGCUUAUAGACUUUUUGAGAUGAUAAGUCGUUCAACAUCCACUGUCAAUCAGGAGGGGAAUACCUUGGCUUCUGUGCAAGGAAAUAUUGAAUUUCGAAAUGUGUACUUUAGCUAUCUUUCUCGUCCUGAAAUUCCAAUACUGAGUGGCUUUUACCUCACUGUACCUGCAAGAAAAACUGUGGCACUUGUUGGCAGGAAUGGUUCUGGGAAGAGCAGUAUAAUCCCUUUAAUGGAGCGUUUCUAUGAUCCUACACUAGGUGAAGUUCUUUUAGAUGGUGAGAACAUAAAGAGCCUGAAGCUGGAAUGGUUAAGAAGCCAAAUAGGAUUGGUCACUCAAGAACCAGCACUUUUGAGUUUGAGCAUCAGGGAUAACAUUGCUUAUGGAAGAUCUGCUACUUCUGAUCAGAUUGAAGAAGCUGCUAAAACUGCACAUGCUCAUUCAUUUAUCAGCUCGCUGGAGAAAGGAUAUGAAACACAGGUUGGUAGGGCUGGUUUAGCUUUAACAGAAGAACAAAAGAUAAAGCUUUCUGUUGCUCGAUCUGUACUUGCAAAUCCUUCUAUCCUUUUACUUGACGAGGUCACUGGUGGGCUUGAUUUUGAAGCAGAAAGAGCUGUUCAGGAGGCUCUGGAUAUGCUCAUGUUGGGACGAUCAACUAUAAUUAUAGCUCGGCGUCUUAGUCUCAUCAAGAAUGCUGAUUACAUAGCAGUAAUGGAAGAGGGUAAACUUGUUGAAAUGGGUACACAUGAUGAGCUGCUGACGCUGGAUGGCCUUUAUGCUGAACUUUUAAGGUGUGAGGAAGCAGCAAAGCUUCCCAGGAGGAUACCGAUUAGAAACUCAAGGGAGUCAACAGCUUUUCAAGUUGAGAAGGAUUCAUCCACAAGCAACAGUUUCCAGGAGUCAUCAUCACCUAAAAUGGCAAAAUCACCUUCUCUGCAACGGGCACAUGGAGCUCAUGCAUUUAGGCAUAUGGAUACUGGUUAUAACUCACAGGAAUCGCCUAAGGUUCACAGCCCUCCUUCAGAGCAUAUGGUGGAAAAUGGCUUGCCCUUAGUGUCAGUUGAAAGAGCACCUUCCAUUAAAAGGCAGGAUAGUUUUGAAAUGAGAUUACCUGAGCUUCCCAAAAUUGAUAUUCACACAAUUAAUAGGCAAUCUUCAAAUGCUUCAGAUCCAGAAUCACCUAUUUCACCUCUUUUGACAUCAGAUCCUACAAAUGAGCGAUCUCAUUCAAAAACUUUUAGUCGCCCGCUAAGUCACUUUAAUGAUAUUGCAUCUAGGCAGAGAGAGGCGAAGGAUUUGCACCAAAGGCCACCAUCUUUUUGGAGGCUUGCAGAACUAAGCUUCGCAGAAUGGCUUUAUGCUCUCCUAGGGAGCACGGGGGCUGCUAUUUUUGGUUCCUUCAACCCUCUUCUUGCUUAUACUAUUGCUCUGAUAGUGGCAACAUAUUAUCAACAUAAUUUCCGUGAUAUACGCCAUGAUGUGAAUAGAUGGUGUUUGAUCAUUGCUGGCAUGGGUAUAAUCACAGUAGUUGCCAACUUUUUGCAGCACUUCUAUUUUGGUAUUAUGGGUGAAAAGAUGACGGAGAGAAUUAGAAGGAUGAUGUUUUCAGCGAUGCUGCGCAAUGAAGUUGGCUGGUUUGAUGAAGAAGAGAACAGUGCUGAUACAUUGUCCAUGCGCUUGGCUAAUGAUGCGACAUUUGUUCGUGCUGCUUUCAGCAAUAGACUGUCAAUAUUUAUACAGGACACUGCAGCAGUUCUUGUUGCCCUUAUUAUUGGUAUGUUGCUGGAAUGGCGAGUGGCACUUAUUGCGUUGGCAACUCUGCCUAUUCUCGCACUUUCUGCAGUUGCGCAGAAACUGUGGUUGGCUGGGUUCUCAAGGGGAAUUCAGGAGAUGCACAGGAAGGCUUCUUUGGUCCUUGAGGAUGCUGUGAGAAACAUUUAUACUGUUGUGGCAUUCUGUGCAGGUAACAAAGUUAUGGAACUGUACAGACUGCAGCUUGGUAGAAUAUUUAAGCAAAGUUUUCUCCAAGGUAUGGGCAUUGGUUUCGCCUUUGGCAUCUCACAGUUCCUCCUCUUCGCUUGCAAUGCUCUUCUCCUUUGGUAUACUGCACACUCUGUGAAAAAUGGUCAUGUCAAGUUAGUUACUGCACUCAAGGAGUACAUGGUUUUCUCUUUUGCAACAUUUGCACUUGUCGAGCCUUUUGGCCUUGCUCCAUACAUACUUAAGAGGCGUUCCCUCACUUCAGUAUUUGAAAUUAUAGACCGUGAACCUAAGAUUGAUCCUGAUGAUAACUCUGGCCUUAAACCUCCUAAUGUAUUUGGGAGCAUCGAGCUUAAGAAUGUUGACUUCUGCUAUCCAACUCGCCCUGAAGUUAUAGUGCUUAGCAAUUUUAGUCUCAAAGUUAGUGGGGGUCAAACAGUUGCGGUUGUGGGUGUGUCGGGUUCUGGAAAGAGUACAAUAAUUUCUCUCAUCGAAAGGUUCUACGAUCCUGUUGCCGGCCAAGUUUUAUUGGAUGGCCGGGAUCUGAAGCUAUUCAACCUGCGAUGGCUGCGCAGUCACAUGGGCUUGGUUCCACAGGAACCAGUUAUCUUCUCAACAACAAUAAGAGAAAACAUCAUAUAUGCCAGACACAAUGCCACCGAGGCAGAGGUGAAAGAAGCAGCGAGAAUUGCUAAUGCUCACCAUUUCAUCAGCAACUUGCCUCAUGGCUAUGACACUCAUGUCGGCAUGAGAGGAGUAGAACUAACACCAGGACAGAAGCAGAGGAUAGCAAUUGCGCGUGUUGUAUUGAAGAAUGCACCUAUCUUGUUGUUGGAUGAGGCCAGCUCCGCAAUAGAGUCCGAGUCGAGUAGGGUGGUACAGGAGGCUCUUGAUACCUUGAUUAUGGGAAACAAGACGACCAUUCUUAUCGCCCAUAGAGCUGCAAUGAUGAGACAUGUGGAUAACAUAGUGGUGCUCAAUGGUGGGAAGAUCGUCGAGCAAGGAACUCAUGAUGCUCUGACGCAGAUGAACGGCCUGUAUGUUCGGCUGAUGCAGCCACAUUUCGGUAAGGGGAUUCGACAACAUCGGAUUGUCUAGGCUGUGUGUAAACUAUACUGGCUCUUCGCCUAUUUUGGUCACAGGGAAAAAUGGUUGCAGUGUCAUUCAUACCUCCCCGCAUCUGGUCGGCCGGAAAAUUGCAAAUGAAAUGAGAGCUGCUGAUUCUGCUUUUUGCUCUUCUGGGCUGGUUUUCUUGUUGAUAGUUGUUGACACUUGACACUGUAAUUGAAAUGCAGGAUUAGAAUUAGUUUGUGGAGAUUGAUUGUGAAUGGAGAGGAGAGCAUAGGACGCAGGUUGUGCUAGUACUUCUUGUUCUUAAUGUAUUUAUUCUUUAUGGAGGUUUACCACAUUCUUCUUUUGGGUGUGCUUCCUCCAUUGUGAAUUAAUUUGUUAAUCAAAGGCAAUGAUGUUUAUAUUUUCCA